UUGUUGUUUUGGAUAUAAAGUGGAAUGAAGCAACAAGGUCUUGUAUAAAAUGUAAUGUGGGAUACACUGGAGUAGUAUGUGAUAUGCCCUGUCCAUAUCCUUAUUAUGGGGAGCAUUGCCAACAAAGAUGUCUGUGUAAAAAGGAGAGCUGCAACAUUUCAUUUGGCUGCGUUUUGGCCAAGGACAUAUUCCCAGUGGAAGAGAAUUCUUUAACUAUCAGUUCAGUUUUCACAACAAAAUCCCUUCCCCCAAAGCGCAAAUAUUUUGGUAACAUAUUCGCAGUAGGAAUAAUACGGGAGAAUGUUGUAACCUUUCCUCAGACAAAUUCCUCAGAGUCAAUUCUCAAUCGUUCAGAUACUUUUUCUACACCCGAAUCCAGAAGCAGUCUAUCCACCACACUAAUCGUCUUCCUUGUACCUUUAAUUUUGUUUGUGAUUGUGGUGAUAACUGUACUUGUUGUUUAUAAAGCUGUCAAAAAACCGGGAAGCAAAAUUACAAAUACAGUAUACUAUGAACCCAUUCACAAUGACAGGGUACAGGAAUCAGACCAUGCACCAAUGAUAAACACAAACAUAAAUAACAAAGGAAGAUACGCUGAAUUGAAAGUAAUUAGUAAGAACUGAGUGCUUCAGAUUUGAAUUUCUGUGCUUAUGACAAUAUGCAAUGGUAAUUGAAAAUUUAUUAAAAUGUUCUAAUUGAUAAA